AUGGCUACACAAGCUGCCGCCAGUGGCAAGUCCUCAUCGCAGUGGGCGGCGCGUUACCGCGGGGCCACCGUCGAAGACCUCGACCCCCCGGCCGCGCUGUCCCUCAACCCGUCCGACAGCAUCUCCCUCGCCCUGCUGUCCGCGUUUGAGCGCGACUACACGCACCUGACCAUUGUCGACGGCGAGACGCGCGCGCUGCUCGGCUAUAUUGCCAUCCCGCACCUGCAGGCGCAGCUCGACGCGCGGAGGGUGCAGGCCGAGGAUCCCCUGUCGGCGGCCAUGACGCGGUUCCAGCGCAGGGGGCGCACGUACCGCGUCAUCACGAUGCAGACGCCGCUGGAGGAGCUCGAGUCGUUCUUCAGGGGCGGCGAUGGUGGUGCCGGCGCUGGAGCCGGUGGGGAGUGGGCGCAGGAGUUUGCGGUCGUGACGGACGAGAAUAGACGGUUCGUGCUGGGCGUGGCGACGGUGCAGGACCUGGAGGAGUUUGUCAAGAGACGGCCCGCGUGA